UAUCUUUGUAGUAAGAGUACAAAGAAGAAGAAGAAGUAGAAGAAGAGGAAGAGGAGGAGGAGGAGGAGGAGUUGCUUGCUAAGAAUGAAGAAGUGACUUAAACUACUGCAGAAAUGACAAGGGAGCCUCUCCCCGACCAUGAAGCAUCUUCUCCACAGCCUUCUUUCCCAUCGCACCUCACCAACUACUUGUACUUGGGCUACUUCUUGGCCAGAUGGGGUACCAGGAUGUGGGAUUUCUCUGUAGCCUUAUACAUGAUCAACAUUUGGCCAGACUCUUUAUUGUUGGCCGCUGUCUAUGGAGUGGUGGAAAAUGCCUCCACUGCCUUGUUCGGCCCGAUAAUUGGAAAGUGGGUGGAUAAACUGAGUUACAUCAAGGUUCUCCGGCUUUGGCUUGUGACACAGAACUUUUCUUUCAUAGCUGCUGGAGGCACGGUUCUCGGUUUGCUAGCUUACCCAGAUUUGAAGUCCACAAGUGUUGAAACUUUUGUCUUGCUCGUCCUUGUGACCAAUGUUUCCGGAGCUGUUGGCGUGCUUUCCACUCUUGCUGGAACAAUCUUGAUUGAAAGAGAAUGGGUGGUGGUGAUGUCGGAAGGCCAAGCCCCUAAACUCCUUACCCAGAUGAAUUCGGUCAUAAGACGGAUUGAUUUGAUCUGCAAGUUGUUUGCCCCUGUUGUUUCAGGCUUCAUAAUCAGCUUUGGUUCGCUAAAAGCAUCUGCUAUGACUUUGGCAGUUUUCAGCACCAUAAGUGUUUGGCUGGAGUACUGGCUUUUCAUGUCAGCAUAUAAGGGGAGCCCUGCUCUAGCUGAGCGAAAUCGACAAAGAACCCAGAAACCUUUUCCUGCUGAACUGACAGAGAGCUCUUCUGUUCCAGAUGAUUAUCAUCCAGCAAAUGCAGAAAAAAGCCAAAAGAGAAGUCUCGGUGAGAAAAUCGCGAAUCUGCCCCUAGUCAGUGCUUGGAGAGUGUACUUUGAGCAAGAAGUUGUGCUUCCUGGAAUCGCACUAGCUUUGUUGUAUUUUACAGUUCUCAGCUUCGGAAGUUUGAUGACAGCUACAUUAGAGUGGGAAGGUAUACCUGCAUUUGUCAUCGGAAUAGCACGCGGAAUAAGUGCAACAAUCGGCGUUGCCGCCACUCUGGUUUACCCAGUCUUACAGUCUCGCAUUUCCACGAUCCGAACUGGGCUCUGGUCCAGCUGGUCCCAGUGGACUUUCCUGCUUCUGUGUGUUGGGUCAAAAUGGGUCCGAAACAACAUAGUAGCUGCCUCUAUGCUGAUGGGAGGAGUGGCGGCAUCUCGACUUGGAUUGUGGAUGUUCGAUUUAGCCGUCAUUCAACAGAUGCAGGAUAAGGUUCCAGAAUCUGAUCGGUGUGUGGUUGGAGGCGCUCAGAGUUCUCUACAGUCCCUCUUGUAUAUGAUGGCUUAUGGUAUGGGAAUAAUCAUCUCAAAUCCAAAGGAUUUCUGGCAGUUGAUUUUGUUGUCGUUUCUGUCGGUUACCCUAUCGGCAUCCUUAUAUACUUUACACGUAUACCGUGUCCGCAAGCACCUGAUCCAUUUUGAGAAGCUCAUUUUGCUGGGAAGUUGGUCGAUCAUAUGGUCUUCGGAUGCGCACCAGAGUCAGACCGCGUGAACUUCAUUAGUUCUUUUCUAAGACAUGACAAGAAUCUCAUUGUAUUUCCGGAACGAUAUCAUACUCCAGGACAAGCUGCUCAUGCCAUGAUGUCUGACAAUCCUGGGUGAAAUAGAAAAGGAU